AAUGUGCGUGGGGAUGGAGAAAAGACAAAUUAAGGGGGUGACAGCGCCAGCAGAGGUGGAGGAUUGUUGGUGCCUCUCCCCGCUGCCCUCAGCAUCCCCGUCCCUGGCUGUUUUGGGAGCCUCACCCCCCUCAGGGGUCCAUCCCCCCUCAGCCGCCCACGGUUCCCUGGCUCCGGGAGGCUGCGGCGAGCCCGGGGCCGAGCAGGGCGUUUAGGUUUCAUUCCCGGCGGCGCUGGCCCUGCCUCCUCCUCCCGCUCCCACAUCUGCAGCUGGAAUUGCAAUUUGAGGCGCUGGCUGGGCUGGGCGCCGGCCGGGAGUGGGAGUGGGAGGAAGGCGCUCGGGGAAGCCAGAGGAAGCUGGAGAGCAGGGGGCUGCGCGGCGGGGCCGGCUGCGCGGCUGGGGGGCAUCGCCGGUGGCGGCGGGAGCCAGCACCCGGCCGGCACAGCCAGAGCAAGAAGGUGGUGGCCGGAUCGAGGGGUCCCCAGCCUGUCCCCCGCCACAGAGCCAGGAAGGCGAGGCCGCCAUGGCGAUGCUCCUGGAGCCCGGGGUGCAGAGCGUCCGGAUGGGUGCCCACGGCGAGCGGUGCCCCACGCCGUCCCCCCCCGGCUCCCCGGGGACGCCCCACGACAGCUGCAGCAUCGCCCCGCUGACGCCCUCCCAGUCGCCGAGGAGCGAGGCUCGCUCCCAGCAAACCUCCUCCUUCGCCGUGGUGGUGGCCAUCGACUUCGGCACCACGUCCAGCGGCUACGCCUUCAGCUUCUCCAGCGACCCCGAGGCCAUCCACAUGAUGAGGAAAUGGGAAGGAGGGGACCCGGGGGUGGCCAACCAGAAGACCCCCACCAGCCUCCUGCUGACGCCGGAGGGCAUCUUCCACAGCUUCGGCUACACCGCCAGGGACUACUACCACGACCUGGACCCCGAGGAGGCCCGCGACUGGCUCUACUUCGAGAAGUUUAAGAUGAAGAUUCACAGCACCAGCGACCUCACCAUGAAAACUGAACUAGAAGCUGUCAACGGGAAGAAAAUGCAAGCGCUGGAGGUGUUUGCCCACGCGCUCCGCUUCUUCAAGCAGCACGCCGUGCAGGAGCUGAAGGACCAGUGCCCGUCCCUGCCCGAGCGCGAUGCCAUCCGCUGGGUGAUCACCGUGCCCGCCAUCUGGAAGCAGCCGGCCAAGCAGUUCAUGCGGGAGGCUGCCUACAAGGCCGGUCUGGUGUCCCCAGAGAACCCGGAGCAGCUGCUGAUCGCGCUGGAGCCCGAAGCCGCCUCCAUUUAUUGCAGGAAACUUCGCCUCCACCAGCUGAUCGACCUGAGCUGCAAACCCCCGGCCAACGGGCUGGCGUCGGACCACUCCAUCGACUCCAGCUUUCGGCAGGCCCGCGAGCAGCUCCGGCGGUCCCGGCACAGCCGGACCUUCCUGGUGGAGUCGGGAGUGGGGGAGCUCUGGUCGGAAAUGCAGGCAGGUGACCGCUACAUCGUGGCCGACUGCGGCGGCGGCACCGUGGACCUCACCGUGCACCAGAUCGAGAAGCCGCAGGGGACGCUGAAGGAGCUGUACAAAGCCUCGGGGGGUCCCUAUGGGGCCGUGGGGGUGGACCUGGCCUUUGAGAAGCUGCUGUGCCACAUUUUCGGGGAGGAUUUCAUCGCCACCUUCAAGGCCAAGCGCCCCGCAGCCUGGGUGGACCUGACCAUCGCCUUCGAAGCCCGCAAGCGGGCAGCAGCCCCCUCCCGCGCCAGCCCCCUCAACAUCUCCCUGCCCUUCUCCUUCAUCGACUUCUACCGCAAGCACCGGGGCCAGAACGUGGAGACGGCUCUCAAGAAGAGCAACGUCAACUUUGUGAAGUGGUCGUCCCAGGGGAUGCUGCGGAUGUCCUCGGAGGCCAUGAGCGAGCUCUUCCAGCCCACCAUCAGCCAGAUCAUCAAACACAUCGAUGACCUCCUGAAGAAGCCGGAGGUCCAAGGCAUCAAGUUCCUCUUCCUGGUGGGGGGCUUCGCGGAGUCAGCCAUGCUGCAGCGCGCCGUCCAGGCGGCCUUCGGCCCCACCUGCCGCGUCAUCAUCCCCCAAGACGUGGGGCUGACCAUCCUCAAAGGGGCCGUGCUCUUCGGCCUCGACCCCACCAUCGUCCGCGUCCGCCGCUCCCCCCUGACCUACGGCGUGGGGGUGCUCAACAAGUUCGUGGAGGGGAAGCACCCGCGGGAGAAGCUGCUGGUGAAGGAAGGCAAGAACUGGUGCACCGACAUCUUCGAGAAGUUUGUCUCCGUCGAUCAGUCCGUGGCGCUGGGGGAGGUGGUCCAGCGCAGCUACUGCCCGGCCCGGCCGGGCCAGCGCAAGACCAUCAUCAACAUCUACUGCUGUGCCACCGACGACGUGGUCUACAUCACCGACCCCGGCGUGCGCAAGUGCGGCACCAUCAGCCUGGAGCUGGAGGCACUGGGCGAUGCCGGCAGCCCGGCCCGUGGCCGCCGCGAGAUCCGUGCCAGCAUGCAGUUUGGGGACACGGAGAUCAAGGUCACCGCCAUGGACAUCCGCACCUCCAAGACGGUCCGAGCCACCAUCGAUUUCCUCUCCAACUGAGCCCCCCCUCUCCGCAGGGCUGUGUGGGGAGGGAUGGGGACGCCGGGACCCCCAGUGGCACCCACUGGGGGCUUCAGCCCCACGGGAGCCGGGCGGAGGGAACAAGCGGCUCACUGCCCCAGCCAGGCUGUGAAGCUGCCACCGGAACCCGCUGCAACCGUCCUGGUGGCCCCCCCUUCUCACGGGACACCCCAAAGCUGCUCCCCCCGUGCUGCCGGGCCGUGCUGCACCGGGACCCGCACCUCCCACAGAAAUGGGUCGGGGCCCGGCUGCCAGAAGGGGUGACUGCACCCCCAGCCCUGCCAACGGAUGGGACGGGACGGUGCCGCCCGGCCGAGCGGGACCGGGGGCUCAGGCUGCCCCCCAAACACGGGUAAGGGCCCUCGCCAGAGCCCACGGCACCCCCAGCUCCCGCGAAUACCGAUGCACACGCUUGCUGUAAACCCACAUUUCUAUUUUUUACAUGGAUUGCGCGGCGCCCUCGCAGCUGGCGUCCCUCGAGCGGCAGAGCUCGCCCUGCCCAGCACUGCCCGACGGGGACGGUGGCACAGGAGGAGGGGGACAGCAGCCCCCCGCCCCCCCCCCCCCCCGGACCCCUUGGAACUGGAGGUCGGGGCGCUUUGCAGCACCAAGCCCCUCGCCCCAAAGGGCCCGGCCGGGUUUAUCUGUGUCCGCAGGGACGGGCUCGCACAGCCCCCCGCACCCCGGGGUGCGCAGAUAGAUGGAUGUGACCCCCCCCACCCCGUGCCGGCCCUGGGAGACAGCGCAGCGCUGCAGGGAAGGGCUGGCCUCGCCCCCCGGGGUGGCCCUGGCCCCCCCAGGCAGUGCCGGGUCCCCCCACUCUCCUCUGUGGGUGCUCAGCAGGUUGCAGCCGCCAGCUCCAACGCUCCUGGGGGGUUUAACGGGGGCGAACUGAGCUCCAGGCCCUCCUGAGCUGAAGUUUAUUAUUUACCUCUAUAGAUUUUUUUGUCCUUAAAAAACCCCACACAUACA